UUCUCUGCGUCUUUACUCAAGAGGUGCCGUGGACUACACGGCACCUUAACCGUUAAAUAUGUACAUAAACUUUCCCAAAUUUUUUUCAUCUAAGCUUUCGAUCACUAUUAUUACUAAUAUUAUCUUUCCCCAGCUAUUCUCUCUAAACAAUGGAGCUAUUUAAUUCCCCUGUAAUUCCAUUGCUGCUGAUCAUCAUCUCCUCCCAUCUUAUCCUGCUUCAACACAGUACUGUCACAGCUCUUGAUCAUUCCUUGCAACCCAAAGAGGAGCACAAACAACUCAAAGGUGAAGAUUUCAGUCCUUACCCUUUUCACCGCCAUCGCCGCCCCCGACCGCGGGGCAAGAUAUAUCACCCGCUGACCGACCAGUGCGUGCUCCGAUCGAAUCUCGCCAACCAGCUGAAACUCGGCCCGUGCUCGCAGUCCGACUCGUGGUACUACACGCCGCAGAAAUUCCUGACGGUGCAGGGGACGUACUACUGCCUGCAGGCCGUCGGCACGGGCCAGCCCGUGCAGCUGAGCAUCAUAUGCGACCCGUCGGACUCGCAGUGGUCGGUGUUGCGGACGCCGUUCCGGAGAACACACCUCUCGACGGUCAUCAGCGACGGGACCGUGGUUUGCUUGGAUGUCGAUUCGAAGAAUGUGAUCGUCUCUAAUCCGUGCAGAGUAGCUGGGAAUCCUCAGGCUGGUACUCAGUGGUUUAUGUUGAUCAAACAGUACAACGUAGUCGCUUCUACUGUGGGAAGUUAAGCGGGAAAACAAUAUAGCGGAAUAAAAAUUUGGUGGGGGACAGUAUCCAACAUGAGACUGAUUCAUCAGUUGUGCAUUACAUAGAUGGUACGAAUCUCAAAGUUGCAUGAACGGCUGAUGGAGCGGGCUCAUCAUGUUGGGGACCGUCCCGAUCAAAUUUUCUUACAGUUCGGUGUAUCGCCAAUAAUAACGUAAUACGAGUUUAUAUAUGUUUGAAAGUAGUAAAAGUGUUUGUGUAUCAGGAGCGUUAAUCAUGUACGUCAUACUUGUAUGUGUAUACGCACGCUUCGCGGUGGAGAGAUAUCAAAUAUUACAAAAUAAUAAUAUUAUUUUUAUACUUUAGAAAUGGA